AUGUACGGGGCGGCGGGGCCCCCGGCGCGAAGCGCCUCGGCGCCUGUGGUCCGCUCGUUGCGGCGGCCGCCACCACCGGCGACGGGGGUGUCUUUUAUGAAUAAUCAAAAGCAGCAAAAGCCAACGCUAUCAGGCCAGCGUUUUAAAACCAGAAAAAGAGAUGAAAAAGAGAGGUUUGACCCUACUCAGUUUCAAGACUGUAUUAUUCAAGGCUUAACUGAAACUGGUACUGAUUUGGAAGCAGUAGCAAAGUUUCUUGAUGCUUCUGGAGCAAAACUUGAUUACCGCCGAUAUGCAGAAACACUCUUUGACAUUCUGGUGGCUGGCGGAAUGCUGGCCCCAGGUGGUACACUGGCAGAUGACAUGAUGCGUACAGAUGUCUGUGUGUUCGCAGCACAAGAAGACCUAGAAACCAUGCAAGCAUUUGCUCAGGUUUUUAACAAGUUAAUCAGGCGCUACAAAUACCUGGAGAAAGGUUUUGAAGAUGAGGUAAAAAAGCUGCUGCUGUUCUUAAAGGGUUUUUCAGAGUCGGAGAGGAACAAGCUGGCUAUGUUGACUGGUGUUCUUCUGGCUAAUGGAACACUUAAUGCAUCCAUUCUUAAUAGCCUUUAUAAUGAGAAUUUGGUUAAAGAAGGGGUUUCAGCAGCUUUUGCUGUAAAGCUCUUUAAAUCAUGGAUAAAUGAAAAAGACAUCAAUGCAGUAGCUGCAAGUCUUCGGAAAGUCAGCAUGGAUAACAGACUGAUGGAACUUUUUCCUGCCAAUAAACAAAGUGUUGAACACUUCACGAAGUAUUUUACUGAGGCAGGCUUGAAAGAACUUUCAGAAUAUGUUCGGAAUCAACAAACCAUAGGAGCUCGAAAGGAACUCCAGAAAGAACUUCAAGAACAGAUGUCCCGUGGUGAUCCAUUUAAGGAUAUAAUUUUGUAUGUCAAGGAGGAGAUGAAAAAAAACAACAUCCCAGAACCUGUUGUCAUUGGAAUAGUCUGGUCCAGCGUAAUGAGCACUGUGGAAUGGAACAAAAAGGAGGAGCUUGUAGCGGAGCAAGCCAUCAAGCACUUGAAGCAAUACAGCCCUCUACUUGCUGCCUUUACUACUCAAGGUCAGUCUGAGCUGACUCUGUUACUGAAGAUUCAGGAGUAUUGCUAUGACAACAUUCAUUUCAUGAAAGCCUUCCAGAAAAUAGUGGUGCUUUUUUAUAAAGCUGAAGUCCUGAGUGAAGAGCCCAUUCUGAAGUGGUAUAAAGAUGCUCAUGUUGCAAAGGGGAAAAGUGUCUUCCUUGAGCAAAUGAAAAAGUUUGUAGAGUGGCUCAAAAAUGCCGAAGAAGAAUCUGAGUCUGAAGCUGAAGAAGGUGACUGAAUUUUGAAACUACACCCCUCAGUAAAGCAAACAGGAGUUGUAGAUAAAAUGUCAUGUCUCAUGUGUCCUGGUUCUUACAUCUUCCUACCUCCCUAUAUCAAGCAUGAUAUAAGGGCUUUCAUGGCAAAUUUUAUUUUAAAUGUUUCUGUGGUUACUGGAAAUGUUGGGUUUAGUUUCUAAAACCAUGUUUUAAGUAGCUACAGGAGCUAUAGAUUUGAAUCUAAUGUUGCAUUAGUCUUUUCAGUUAUCUUCUACCUCCUGUAUUUUCUACUGUAAUAAUGUAAUUUAAGGCCUUCCACAAUGAACAGUUCACUUUAUUCCCUGGGUUUUCUAUAUAAACAGUUUUCAAGAUAUGAUUUGGUUAAAAAUAAUUUGUUAUAAAAAUUCUGUUUGCAAAUUAAACUGUAAAAGUAUCCAAAGUCUCAA